UGUACCUUGAUGUGGUCCGGGGGCUUUUCCACCAAAGCAGUAUUACAGUGAUUAUAUCACAGAAACUUGGGAUACGAAUAUUUUCUUUUUAGUUAAGCUACAUUGUGAUCAAUUUUAGUACUUAACUUGGCGACCUUUAUUAUCCACUGCCAUGGUCAAAUAAUAUACAAUGUGGGUUUAGGGCCCAAUUCUCUCUGCAAGCAAAUUUCUUAUUCUCUCAUAUACACUAUCAAUCUCUCAUUCGAAAUGUACAAACGUGGCCUACACGAUAACACAAACCUGGUCACAAAUACGAACGCCCGCGUUCUCGCCAAUAUUCAAACAUCCCGAUUGAUUAGGUGAACGUUGGAACCUAAGAACCUAAGCUCGCGUAAUCAUGAAUCGGUCACGUCCGGAAGUCUCCGCCCUUGAUCCUAGCAGCCCAAAUUCAUGCCGUUAGUUGGACCAAUAGAAAUAAAAACUAGAUAAGACGUCCACGCGCGGUCAUUGAAGAAUACGCGAACAUGCGAAUGGCCACACGCUUACAAAAAUAAUGUGUCCACGCGAAGUUACAUACUAGCACACGCGACAAAAACGUCCACAUACAAACGCUCGAGUCCUUCGCGAUCAUCCACGCGCGACCACACUCACGAUCUCGUAAAAAGUAUAACACCCCGGUGACUAAGUGAAUGGUUUAGCACUUUUAAAUUAACAAUCCCGGUCUCGAGAGUGAACCUCCAAAUGCCCGUUUUCGCGCGAUCAUGCAUCGGUUUCGUCCGGAAUCCCCUAUUCUAGGCCCUAGUAGCAUAAGUCCAAUGCCGUCAGGUCGACCAAUCAAAAAUAUAAUGCUCAUAUUCACUAAACUACAUAAAAAUCGAAUGUAUACACACAAAGUCACAUACACGCGACAAACAAAUAUAAAAAUGCUUGAGCCCUUCGCGACCAUCCACGCAACCUAUACUCGCGCUCUUCCAGACAUUAUAACAUCUCGGUGAUAAUAUGAACGUCUCAGCACUUGUAAUCACUCAAAUGCAGUCUUAAGCGUGAACCUACAGUCCCCCGCUCUCGCGCAUUUAUGAGUCGUUCACGUCCUGAAGUCUCUAUCCUCGAUUCCAGAAGUCUAGGUCCAUGCCUUAAUUGAAUCAAUUAGCUCUACAGCUCCAGUAAGACAACUCUCGAAAAAAAUCGGCGCAUUAUUAAUACUCAAUAACAAUACUAACUCUUCUUUUUAUUUUAUUUUUAUUUAUUUUCGGUCUCAUGCGUUAUAUUCUUGUGAUGACCUUUUCGAGCUCAUACAUCCAAGAAGAGCAACAUUGCUGCCAACAAUGAUUCUUCUCUGCCAUCAGACGUCGCCAGGUUUUAGAACAAUGGAGAUGUAUUCUCAUACUCGAUGGAAUCAGAUAAGUAGGAACGAUCAACAAACUGCAAGUAGUACACGUUUCUUAUUUUAACAAAUACAAUAAUAUUCGUAUUAAAAUAUUAUUUACAGGCUCCACAUAUACCUCAACACAAACAAAUACACAAAUGCUUGACAGGUGACUGGGCCAAGUGCAUUCACUCGUAGGAUCUAUCAUUUCGAUGAUCGCCUCGAUUCCACGAAACCAGUGCACAAGUAAACUGACAUAAGCUAGUCUCAUCUGGUGAAUGCAUGUAACCUGGAAACCCCAGACACGACAGGACGAGACGGACAGAUUGGACUCGACGAGGCCUAGUUCAGAGUUUUUGGGCAUUCUGCAUUGCACGUCAUCAAUAUUUUUAUCGCAAAAAAUAUCCAACGAGAUGAAAUCUGGUCGCGUUUUAUUAGUGACCCAUAAACACCAUUAUAAUAAACUGGCCAUUCUACUGUCCGUAUUGCAUCAAGAUCGCAAGUCUGCAAGCUAUAAGGUGCUUGUAUUGGACCACCAAAAACCAGUUGGCUUAAAGGUGGACGACAUAGAACGUGGCGAAAUGUGGCAUCGAAUGGUGGCCCUAUCUGCCCAAAAUAGUCAGUUUGUUCCGGAAGGUGUCGGUGGUCAUAGCGUGUUGCAGAUCACCGUGUCUGACUUGAUCGACGUUACUAAGCACAUGAUUAAGUGUGAUGCUAAUAAAAUUAUACAAAACUGGGAUAACCGACAAAUACCUAGAUUUAAAGAUCAGCGGCCGUCACAAUCUGUAAUGGACGCGGUAGUAGCGCUAAGAGAACUCAACUCUGCCGUACUGAAUGGAAAUAUUAAAUUGGAAAGUUUGAAAAUUCAGUUUACGUUGAAACAACUUAAGCAAAAUGAAGAAUUGAAAAAAGCUAGAGAGCAUUUACAGUGCUAUAUUCCAUACACAGACAUAGCAAAUUUUGUAUCAAACUUUGCUAUUGUAUUUGACCGCAAGCAGAUGGAAAAAAAGUUGGAAGAUCUAAAGUACCAGGUGUCGUAUAAGAGUAUGUCCUUGUAUCCAGACUAUUGCAAUAAACUGAAAGUACUUCAAGAGUUAAGAUAUAUAGAUGAGAUGCAGCAGGUGGCUAUGAAGGGUCGUGUAGCUUGUGAAAUGGGUCAAAAUGAGUUGAUGAUCACAGAAUUGGUGCUUAGAAAUAUUCUUACUGACAUGCAACCUGCGGAGAUCGCUGCAUUGCUCUCCAGUUUGGUAUUUCAGGCUAAGACGGAAGUAGACCCCAAAAUGUCCGAUUCGAUAAAAAAGGCUAAAGUGUUGUUUGAAGAAGUUGAAAAUGACAUACGCUAUGUAGAGCAGAUGUAUGGAAUUAACGAUAUGCAGGAGAGUGAUAAACUAAAUUUCGGCUUGUUAGAAGUUGUUUACGAAUGGGCUCGAAACAAACCAUUCGCGGAAAUAAUGGAAUUAACUGACAUUAAAGAGGGCAUCAUAGUACGUUGCAUCCAACAAUUGAAUGAAACAUUAUGCAAUGUAAAGGAUGCCGCAAGAAUCAUUGGAGAUCCAGUGUUGCACAGCAAAAUGGAAGAAGCUUCAAAUGCCAUUAAACGGGAUAUUGUGUUUGCUGCCAGUUUGUAUACGUCCAAUACUCCAAUAGAUGUCAUAGUAGACGCUGAAUAAAAGCACUAUUUUCACUAUA